GACGGCGACUGGCUGAUGCCUCUGCAUGAGAUGGAGGUGCCAUCCGGGAUGCGCCUACUCCUGCGUGGUCUGACAGCAAGCUUCUUGAUGCAAUGGCCAAAGCCAGAAGCUGGUGAUGAGCCAGCCUGGAAGGUCCCACUUGUGGCGGAAAAUGCGCGGGAGCUUGAUAUCUACAAUCACUCCGUGCAGUGGACUUGGGCUGAUCCUGGGGAUCCAGGAAAUGAGUGGAGGCCUCGGGAUGCUCUGGCAAACCCAGAGGAGGAGGAUGAUGAAAUGGAGGAGGCAGCUGAGGAGGAAGGAUGGGAAGAAGAGGAUCCCUGUGUCGACGACCUUGUGUCGGAGAAGGCCCUCGCGAUCCUGGCUGAGGGCAAGGCUGAUUCGAGCAAGCCUGUGGAUGGCAGUGCUGAGGUUGGCCAGUUGUCUUGGAAUCGAAUGUGCAACGGCAAUGGGGAGCCCAUUCCGAGGCUGGGGAAGUGCCGUUCCUUGCACCUCAUGAAGGCUUAA